UCGCCUCUGCUGAGUGCUCGAGAGCAAGGGGAUUCCGAGAAUAAGCAAUUCCGUCAGAUUCGACUACAGGUCGCAGAGCCUGAUCACUUCGAUCAAAACCCGAGGCAUUUUGGAAUAAAUCAUCAAUUUUUCAUAAUUAACCCGCGUUCGAGAAAUCCGACUUUUCACCGAGACUACCCGAAGGAUUUCCUCCUUUCGAAUGAUAAUGCACCUUUUCGCUUGAGUGGGGUCCACUGUCAGCCAGCGGGGUAGACAAACCCAAGCAGGUCCCCCUCUGAGAUCAGGAGAGCGGAAAGGCACCACGGAGAGAACAGCCCCCAGGCUUCCUGACAGACAGACAUCCGAAACCACGGAAUGCAUCAAAAUCACUGUGGUGGUGAAACCCGCUGACUCCUCGUUCCUAGCCGUUCGCUGCAUAAGCUUGGACCCGGGCAUUCUGGGAGCAUCCGGUGUCACAGGCACACAGGAAUGCCAGUGACGGCUGGGUGAGAGCCCCUAAAUGGCUCCCGUCAUGGCCACAGUUUCUUUGUGUUAGUGUCAUUUUCCACUGUGGAGAAGGGAAUACUGUACAUUGAGCCAGUGGAAUCUAGAACCUGUAAAAUACUCUAGAACCUGCCCAUGUGCAUCCUCACCUCUUAUCAAUAUCUGGAAGUACUGUACCGGAUGACCUAGUGGACCUUGUUAUUCCCAGUAGCAGUGCUGAACCAUACGAGGGGGAUCCUAGUAUUGAACAUGACUCAUGGGGAGGAGCCUGGCCCUGAGACACACACGGAUUCAGCUGUUCUAACUUAUCUGGAAGGUUUACUGAUGCAUCCCGUGGCGGCUGGGCCUGGGGCCACGGCAACCCGGAGAUCGGAGGCUCCCCACGGGCACGGCAACCAGAUGGAGCAGGUCAACAAGGCGGCCCGGCCCUUCCAGCUGCCCAGCCACAGCCCUGCUAUUGCCGCUGUUCAGAAGGCUGGCAAUGGGAACGGUCCCACACUGCACCAUGGGGCCUCCCAGAACCUGAAGAAGGCCCGGCUGCUCCGCUCAGGGCCCUGGAACGAGCCUGGGGCCCAGAGGCUGAGCUCCCCCCCUGUUGAGCUGAACGGCCAGGGAGGAGGAGGAGGCCUGCAAAACGGGGCCCUGGAGGGCUCUCCUCACGCUGGGGAGAGCACACUGCUGGCCUCCCUGCUCCAGUCAUUCAGCUCCAGACUGCAGAGUGUGGCCAUGUCGCAGCAGUCCACCAAACCCCCCAGCGAGCACUCCCCGCCCACCGAUCCCCCUCCUCCUGCAGACAAGGAGCAGCUCCCCUGCUACGGAAUGGCCUCCAGCCGCCUCAAGGGCCUGAUGAGGAAGACCAAGCUGCAGAACCACAGCAGCACGCCUUACAGCCGGCGAGGCCACAGCCACGGCCACAGCCAGGAAAGGCCCUGUGAGUCCCCCCGCUCGGUGCAGAGCAGCACGCCUCCCUCCGCCCCCAUUGCUGCUGCUGCUGCCACUGAUGCUGUGUCCUGUGCUGAACGGCUCAAGGCUGUGGCCAACCUGGUGAAGAUCCGCUCCAGCCCUGCCCCCUCUCCCAAGCCCAGUGUGGCCUGCAGUCAGUUGGCCCUGCUGCUGUCCAGUGAGGCCCACCUGCAGCAGUACAGUAGGGAGCAUGCACUCAAGGUCCAGCACUCGGGCCACUCGGCCAGCGAGAGACUGGCCGCCAUGGCAACGCAGCAGACCCAGGACAAGAGGCCGCCCAGUGUGGGAGAGGCUCCGCCCACCAGCACCACCACCGUUACCCCAGACGCGCUAAGCUCCUUAACUGCCCAAAACAGAACAGCGACAACAACACUCCCCCGACUGGCACUAAACUCCAGCUCAAGGCAGCGGAGCCCCUCCUCCCUGCUGCCAGCUCACAGCUCACCCUGCCCCACCCCUCUUCCUCUGCCCCUCACCCCCUACACCGACACCCAGACCCAACCCCAAACCCCCACUACUGAGAAACGUGGCUUUGACUCACGCCCCGCCAGGCCCCCCCAGACCUGUAGCAGCCUGCUCCUGCUGCUCCUCAACAACCACAACAACCAGAAGCAGCUGACUAAGAACGGGCACCUGGAGGACGACUGUGGGGUCCUGCCCCCUAGCCGCGGCUCCUCAGUCACCUCUGACAGCGAGUGCUCCGUCCAGGAGAAGAGCCUGGUCAAGAGAGAGGAGAGCUGCAGCGAUGCAGAGAUCUCCUUCUCCAGCUGCUCUCCCAUUGACCUCUCUAUGAGGAGCAGGGCCAGCACCAGAGCUCCAGAGACCAGGCCUAAAGCCACCUCCCCCUCCACCUCUGUUUCCUACUCUUCCUCUUCUACUGCUUUCUCCUCCAGCUCUUCUUCUGCUAUCUUUUCUUCUGCCCCUACUGUUUUCUCUUCCUCCACUACUUUCUCUCCCUCCUCUACCGUUCUCUCCUCUUCCUCCACUGCUUUCUCUUCCUCCUCUUCCUCCUCCUUAGACAAACUCACUGAGUCCCUGCUAAACAAGUGGAAGCCAGAUCCCUCCGGUCCGAAGGUCCCCCAGGUUAAGAAGGAGAUUGAAAUGAGCCCAGACCUUAAGUCCCACCCCAGGGUCACUCUCAUGCAGCUCCUUCUGGAGCGCAAGAAUAACGACAAGGUAAACAAAAUUGUGGUUGAUCCAGAUUUGCAGCAUGACGCAACCCUGUCCAGUCUGUCACGGGGCCCACUUAAAUCACUGGCCCCCUGGGAGGAAGUAAGGACACAGAGCCCUCUGGACAGAUCAGGCCUUCCAUUGUACUCUCUCAGCCGAGACCCCAGCAGCACCCCAUCCCCCUACCCCUCUCCCCAUGUCCAGUCCAGCCCUCUGGAUCUGUGUAAGUCUAAACCCUUCCCUGCUGAGAAAGCUGCAGAUGAGCCGGCGUUCAGCGCCAGUAAACUGUUACAGAACCUGGCCCAGUGCGGCACCGCCUCGCCCUCCCCACCCAUGGUUCCCAGCAAAGUACCCAGACGGGAGCUGGAGGUGGGUGGUGGCAGGCCUCUGGCRCUGCUGGAGAGGCUCAAUGCCCCCAUCCAGAGGAACACAACAAUUAUCCCCCUCUCAGACAGGCCCUCGGGCAGCGGCACACCUUCGUUCGGUCGCCGUGGGGAGGUGUCGCCCACCUCGUCCCAGAUCGAGAACCUUUUGGAGCGUCGCACAGUACUGCAGCUCCUGCUGGGAGCGAGCUCCUCCUCUGCCUCCUCCGUGGCCUCAGCCACCCACAGAGACAGAGACAGGUCCGGUGGGAGGUGCAGUGUGGAGAUGGCAGCGGGGAGCUGCUAUGAGAAGCCCCCUGGCACCUCUGUCAUCUGUGACAGAUCCAAGGGGCCCUCGGCAGCAGAAUUCAAGGUUAAAACUGAACCAGGGGAAGAGGUCCUAGGCCUGUUGUCCUCUACAGUGUGUCAGGAUGUGACGAGCAGAAAGAGAAGGGGAGGAGGAGGAGGAGGAGGGUAUGACGACAGGCACAGCCCGCUCUCUGAACCCCAGCAGGACCUAAAAAAAGAGCCCCGGCCCACAGAGGUCAUUGCUAAAUAUGGCCUCCUGAGCCAGCUCUUAAAACAGCAGAGCGCUACCUACUACACCAGCGCUACACAGCCACACACAGAUCGCUGGCCCAGCCCUGUCCCUGUGAAGGAGGAGCAGAGAGACUACCACCAACAGGGGCCCAGCCCUAAAAAGAUACGGCUCUGCACGGAGCUGGCUGAGAGCCUGAACAAUGGCAGCCUUCAUAGGGCCGUGGUGGACAUUGGAAGCAGCCACAGCCACAACAGCCUGGUCCAAAGCCAGAUACAGGAGGAGCCUGAUUACCACAGGGGCCUCAGGAGCCCUAAUGAGGAGGAGGCCCCAGCCAGGAGCCCCAGCAGUGAAGCUCUCCUCCCCAGGGAGAGCCGGGGCUUCAACGUGCUCAAACAACUGCUCCUGUCUGACAAUUGUCUGAAGGAGCUGUCCCAGCAGCCCCGGGGAGUCCCCAGCCCCUCUGUCCCCUCUGUGUUGCAGACAAAUGGUAAAGCCAACGGGAGCGUCCUCAACCUCAAUCAGUCAGGCUACAAUCAACACGACCUCCUCAACCUGCCUACCCUGCCCUGGCACCACCCCCAUAGCUCCCUCAACUCAGGGCCACCCAGCCACCUCAGACCCCUGCCCACCCCCCAGACAGGGGACAUCAGUCAACGCUCCCCCUGGGGGCGACACACAGCCCCCCCACCCCGUCAGGACUCGCCCAAACGGUACCACACCCCGGUGAAACGGGAGCCGGAGAGCCCGGUGCAGUGGGCAGGUCGAGACCAGGAGGAGGAGGGCUGUGACUUGCGCCCAGACUCCCCCCGGCUCACCCGCUCCAACCCCAUCCUGUACUACAUGCUGCAAAAGGGUAGCGCUCAGCUGAGGAGGGAGGGGAGGGACCAGGCAGAGGGGACCCAGGGGUCAGUGCCAGGGGGGGUGAGGGUGAAGGAGGAGCCGGGUACUAACAGCAAUGAUGCCUACAACCACAGACUGAGCUCCACCACCACCUCCACCCAGCACUCCUCCCUGUCCCCUCCCUACAAUAACAACAAGCACAGCCACAAAAACGACAGGCUGAGCGACUCAUCUGACAAAUGGUAGUUUUAAUGACUUUCAUUAACUAAAACAUAAAAAAUUGCCAAAUUCAUUUGUAGUUAGAUGAGAAGAAAUAACAACAAGGAAUGCAAGAGUGAGGAUUUUGAAUGAAAAGAACCGAGCAAACGAAUUCAAGGCAUUCUUUUCAUUACUGUAUCAUAAUUAUCGAUGGCUCAGUUUACGGAAUGGGUGGUACGAUGUAGCUCUACUUCAACAGAAUGUCAAAUCACUUGCACCAAAAUUAGGUAAUUGUCAAAUUUGAACAUGCCCACUGGUGAUUUCCAUACAGUAUGUAUUUCACAUUCUUAAAUGAAUGAAAGAAAGCACCUUUCAAAGAAGUUGUCUGGUUUUACUCCAAUGAUCUGUGUCUGUAUUGCACACAUAUCACUAUUCUGUGUCCUCUUUGUUGGCACCUGUAAAACAUUGAUCAAGAACAUUUCCAGCUACCUUUAUUAUUGAUGACUCCAAAAAUCACUGCAUCUUUAUUUAUUUUCCCAACAGGAGGUUUUCAGAUAGACAGAGAGCAUACAUUUUUGGUCAAACCCUAAAUAUAGUCAUACCAGGGCAAGCACAGCAGUACAUUAAAACAUACACGAUAGAGACAUGUUUAAAGGAAGACCCUGUGAACAAUGUUCAUAAUCAAAUCUACUAAAGGUACCUACAGUUCAAUUCUGUUAGAGGGCUCUGUAUUGGUUGCUCCUGCACCUUCUCCUCAAGACUGAUUUAUUAUAUGAUCAUCAGUGAGUCGACUAUGUCGACUGACAGACAGGGCUCAUGUGGUCACAAUGCAUUGCAUUUUGCUUUGAUAUGUAAUGAACUUGUUGGGGCUACGUUUUGACAGUGCAGAUGCGGGGUGACGUCUUAAUAGAUGGUAAUACAGCUAUUAUUUAUUUAAAAAACCUUUGACGAGCCUACCUGUGGGACAGUGAGUUGUGGGUGGCAGUAGUAGUUGUAUACCAGUGGAGGCUGCUGAGGGGAGGACGGCUCAUAAUAAUGGCUGGAACAGCGCAAAUGGAAUGGGAUCAAACA